AUGGCUCCAGUAAAGCUGAAGGAAUUGAAAGUUCAGUUGCAAGAUUUAGUUGACAAGGGUUUCAUUAGACCCAAUGUAUCUCCAUGUGGAGCACCAAUUUUAUUUGUGAAGAAGAAAGAUGGUGCUACAGAAUUUUCUAAGCGUUAUUUGCGAUUAAGGUACUAUCAACUCAAAAUUAGGGAUAUUGAUUUACAGAAAACUGCUUUUAGGUCGCAAUAUGGACCCUGCAAUGAUGAGCAUGUUGAGCAUUUCAAGAUUAUUUUGCAGACUUUGCAAGAUAAGCACUUACAAAGAAGAUGGUUGGAGUUAAUAAAGGAUUAUGAUUGCAAGAUUGAUUACCAUCCGGGAAAAGCCAAUGUAAUUGUAGAUACUCUCAGUAGAAAGAAUAGUUCUUUCCCUCCAUCUAGUGCAGUAUGUGCUUCUUUGUUUUAUUAUGUGAUUAGAAAUGAUGGUGCGUUGACUAUGAGAAAUAGAUUAUGUGUUCUAGAUAUUCUAAAAUUUAAUAAAGAGAUUUUAGAAGAGGCACGUAGUUCAGCUUAUGCUAUGCAUCUAGGUAGUAUUAAAAUGUAUCACACAUUGAGAAAUCAUUACUGGUGGCUGGCGCCACCAAGAGAGUUGAGCCGGCUGAAGAGAACGCACCUGCAAGCAGAGCUAUUGUGCACAGUGGCUAUCCCUCUCCCUAUCUCUUCUCUCUCUCACCAUAAACGAAUCGCGCCACCGAGAGAGCUCCGUCGACAGAAGAGCACGUCGCCUGCAGCAGGCGUGUAA